AUGUUCUCUCAGAAUUUUGAAGAAAUUAAUUUCUUUGAAAAUGAGUCAGUAUUAAAUACAGUUAAUGAUUUCACUAUUAAUCAACUGGAUUCACAAAAUUUAAAUGAUCAAUGCGAUUUUACUUCUGCAUUACAAUAUCCUAUACAUUCCAUAGAUAUCGGUGUACAAUUUCAAGAUUUUGAUUUAUCCGUUAAAUCAAAGCCAAAUGAUUACAAUAAUUUCGAAUUUGUUCAACCUCAUUCUUACACAAAUCAAGUGGCGUCACCUUCAUUAUCAAAUACAAAAUCUGAAGUAUCAUUUUCAUCAACUUCAUCAUUAUCGUCGGUGUUUAAUAAUAAUGACUCACCAAUUUCAGAUAUAAAUUUAAACCCUAAUAUACAAUUCAAGACAGCGUUCAAUAGUAUGGAAUCGAAUGAAUUCUUUAUCCCAUCGCAAAUAGAGAAAGUUUUAUCGAAUACACCCGAUAAUAAUGCAGAUCAAAAUAGGGAAACAUUUACAGUUGAAAUGUUCGAAUCAAGAUCUAAAAGAUCGCAUAAAUUGAAAAAUGAAUCUACAAAGAGAAGAAAAAGCAGAAAAACUUCUUUAUCCUAUAGCGGGAACUCAUUGGGUAAGAAAGUUUCUGAUUCAAGACUCUCUGCUCAAGGUUUAGCCGAAGUGUUGAAAUUAGAUACCCCACAGGAAGCACUCAAGAGAGAGCGUUACAUCUUGGAUAUUUUCCAAAAUGAAUUGCAUUACCCAUUAGGUUAUAAAACAUGGAUCCGUGAUACAGAUAAAGUUGAAAGAGCGGAAUUGAUUGAAAAAUUAUAUGAUAGAGUUAAAUCAAAAUAUCCAGAAUAUGAUCAUAAUAUUCUUGAAACCAUUAUCAGAAGAGCUACUUAUUACAUGAUGCAAAGUAGACUAAGAAGAGAAAGGAGGGCAAAGGUGAAAAGUGUUGACUCUGAUUGA